AUGGUCCCAGCCGCCGGGCAGCCCGUGAAGGUGGGGGUCAACAGCAUACAAGCGGGAGGAAAUUACGUCUACUCCACGAGUUCUAGCCCGGAGGUAUUUGCGCGCUUCCCGGUGGACAACAACGCAGCUGCCACGGGGCCGGUCGAGAUCAUCGGCAGUGGGUUCUUCUUCGACGGUGUUGCGCCAAGUGCGAACGGCACGGCGGAUCUUACCACCACUCCGCCGGACGAAUUCAUGCUUGCGGUUGGCGGGUCGACGGCUGCGGCCAUCGAUCAGGAGCGUUCGGUUCUCUAUGUGGCGACGAGUGGUGCGCUGGAGCCCGCAAAGGUCGCAGCCAUUUCUUUGCAGAUGUUUCCUAUGACGCCGCGCUGUAUCCAGUUGUUCUGGUUGUGGUUGUUUUAG